GAGAUGGAAGGGAGAUUGGCGCGUAUUUGGGGAAAGCUGCCAGGCAGAUAGGAUACCCCCCCCUCCACGCAGAGCUAUCCCUACCCCUUAGAGGAGGUCUUCCCGCCGAGUCCCCCAGCGAUUGGUUUGCUAUCGGGAGGAGCUUGAGAUCUUUCCAAGCCCCGCCGCUCGCGAGAGCAAACCAAACCCGGGAGGGCCCCCAGUCUCUUCCCUGCGCUCGGUGCUUGCUACCCUGCGCUCAUGGAGCUGCGAGCGAUCCCCGUCUUGCGCGCCGCCGUGAUGCUGGCCGCCUUGGUGAUGGGCGCCUCUGCGGGCAGCGAAGGCGAGCGGGAAACCGUGGAUCCCGGCAAGCUCCUGGUCCUGACUGCUGCCACGCAGAAAACAGCGGGGUACCGGCGCUUUCUACAGACUGCCAAAUAUUUCAACUAUACUGUCAAGACUUUAGGGCUUGGCGAGGAUUGGAAAGGAGGCGACGUUGCCCGGACGGUCGGCGGAGGUCAGAAAGUCCGUUGGCUGAAGGCUGAAAUGAAGAAAUAUGCAAACGAAGAGGAUCUUAUUGUCAUGUUUGUGGACAGCUAUGAUGUGAUCCUGGCUGGAAGCCCAACUGAGCUGCUUUGGAAGUUCCUGCAACUUAAGAGCAACCUGGUCUUCUCGGCGGAAAGCUUCUGCUGGCCAGAGUGGUCCCUGGCUGAGAAGUACCCCCCGGUGACCUUGGGCAAGCGCUUCCUAAACUCUGGAGGGUUCAUUGGCUAUGCCCCUGUCAUCAACCGCAUUGUCCAGCUGUGGAAGUACAAGGAUGAUGAUGAUGACCAGCUGUUUUACACACGCAUUUACUUGGAUCCCGCCUUGCGGGAAAAAUACGGGAUCGCCCUGGAUCACACAUCCAAAAUCUUCCAGAACCUGAAUGGGGCCAUUGAUGAGGUAGUGCUGAAAUUCGAGAAGACCCGCGUGCGUGCCCGGAACGUUGCGUACGAUACCCUUCCUGUGAUUAUCCAUGGCAAUGGACCUACCAAGUUACAGCUGAACUAUUUGGGGAAUUACAUCCCCAAUGCCUGGACAUACGAGGGGGGCUGUGAGGUGUGUGAUGAUGACCUCCUGGACUUGUCGGACGUGCCAGAAGAGUCAUAUCCACGUGUUCUGCUGGGUGUCUUUAUUGAAAAACCUACACCGUUCCUGCCUCAGUUUCUUCAGCGUCUCCUGACUUUGGAUUACCCUUAUUCUCACCUCAGCCUUUUCCUCCAUAACCAUGAGGUGUAUCACGAGCCCCACAUCCAAGCUGAGUGGGAUCCACUUCGCAAAGCCUUUGGCAGCAUCAAACUAAUAGGGCCGGAGGAGGAACUGAGUGAGGGCGAAGCCCGAGAUAUGGCUAUGGAUCUGUGCCGACAAGAUUCCGCCUGUGACUAUUACUUCAGCCUCGAUGCCGACGUGGUGGUGACAAACCCUGAGAUCCUGCAAAUACUUGUGCAGGAGAACAAGAACGUGAUUGCCCCCAUGAUGUCUCGGCAUGGCAAGCUUUGGUCCAACUUCUGGGGUGCCCUUAGCCCAGAUGAAUAUUAUGCCCGCUCAGAAGACUAUGUGGAGCUGGUGCAAGGCAAGAGAAUUGGGGUGUGGAAUGUCCCCUAUAUCUCUCAGGUCUACCUGCUGAAAGGGGAGACGUUAAGGCAGGAUUUGCCCCAACACAAUAUUUUCACCUUGGAUGACACGGAUCCAGAUAUGGCCUUUUGUAAGAGUGUGCGGGACAAGGCCAUCUUUCUCCAUAUUAGUAAUCGGGAUGAUUUUGGACGUCUCCUUUCCACCACUAGAUACAACAUCUCCCAUCUACAUCCUGAGCUCUGGCAGAUAUCUGAGAACCCCUUGGACUGGCAGGACAAAUAUAUCCAUGAGAACUACUCGCAAGUGCUUGAGGGAGAAUUUUUCGAACAGCCUUGCCCUGAUGUUUACUGGUUUCCAUUGUUCACCGACCAGAUGUGUGACGAGCUGGUGGAAGAGGCGGAACGCUAUGGCCGGUGGUCCGGAGGAAAGCAUGAGGACACUCGGCUGGUUGGCGGCUACGAGAACGUCCCCACUGUUGACAUUCACAUGAACCAAAUCGGCUUUGAGAAGGAAUGGCUGCAGUUCUUGCGAGACUACAUUGCGCCGGUCACAGAGAAGUUCUAUCCUGGCUACUAUACCAAGGCCCGUGCGAUCAUGAACUUCAUGGUCCGAUACCGUCCAGACGAGCAGCCUUCACUUCGCCCCCAUCACGAUUCCUCCACUUUCACCAUCAAUGUUGCUCUUAACCAUAAAGGGAUAGAUUAUGAGGGAGGCGGCUGCCGAUUUCUCCGCUACAAUUGCAAAGUGGAAUCUCCCCGCAAGGGCUGGAGCCUGCUCCACCCAGGACGUCUCACCCACUACCACGAAGGUUUGCCUACCACUUGGGGCACUCGCUACAUCAUGGUUUCCUUUGUGGACCCCUAAUGCUGGCACCCCCAGCUCCCCCCUCCAGCCCCGGAUCAUCGAGGGCGCCAUGGCGGCCAGCGCAGGGGAGAGGUGCGGAAAACGGGGGAAACCUCUUCAGCUUCAUUGCCACGAAGUGCCUUCAAAAGCAGAGAAAGGGACAACUGGUUUCCAAGCGCAAAUGGACUCAGAUCUCACUCAGCCCUUAAUCUUUGGUCACCACUAGCAUCUGGAGCUGCCGUCGCCUUCCUUCUGUCAUCUCCCAGGGCCCCAAGAUCGGAGAAACGAAGAGGCAAUUCCGCUCUUCCCUUCGGCCGGCUGUCACUUGAUCAGGAUGUGCGGCAAGGCCAGUCCCCGAGGCCCAGCCUGCAAAGAAUUCUUACCACGUUAAAGGUGAUCAGAAUUGUGGGGCUGAGUCUCUCCGUAGGAUGGAAUUGAUUUGCUCCCUGCCUUCCCCACGGUCCAUCUCUUCUGCUCCUGAUUUUCUCCCAGACCCCUCCUUGGGCUACAGGCUGCCUGUGAGCCGGGUCCUCUCCGAAACCAACUUUGGCAGCGCAGGGCUGAGGAUCUGGGUGCGUGUGAAACAAGAAGGGGGCUUCAUCCCCACUCUCCCUUGUGCAUGAGAAGAUCGGGAAGGGGCUGGAAGUUCCCUUGGGGUCUCUCUCUUCGUUUACAAAAGCAACACCAGAAAAUCAAAGAGGGCGAUGAAGGAAGAAGACAAAUGAGAGGUAUAAUUGGUCCUCUUGCUGUUCCUUCACUUCUGGUGCUGGAAGAAAAGUGGCUUCUCUAUAGCCCGCCCCUUGGCUCAAACGGGGCUGGUAAGAGGGAGGGAGGAGCAGAUGGGAGGCUAAUACAGUUACCAUCCUGCCCCGGCCCCGCAAAAGCUCUCAAGGCAUUUUGAAAUUCUUAGGAAUGUUAAGUACUGCAAUGGGAGCAGAGAUACCACUCCCAUCUUAUUUUCCAGAGCUGGGCAGAGCCCCAGGGCUACAAGUCUUCCUGUCAAGCUACUUAAAGGAUAUCUUGGAUCUUUUCGGUAGCUAAGGGACUUUCUUCUGAGAUGGCUUCUUCCCAUUCCUUGAGCCACGAGGCUCUCCUGGGGAGCUCGUGCAGCCUCCCAUAAUACUGUGAGCCGCCGGCUAUCGGUCUGGCAGGUGGAGGGGUGGAAGUGUGCUAGCUGGGUUGUGUACGAAGCAUACUUUAAAUUAUUUCCCAUUGGGCAGCACACUGAAUAAAGCUCCGUUUUAAAAGAG